AAUAGAGUUGUUUUGUUGCAUCAGUCAGAGGUCUUAGCAAUUUCACGUGGAGGUGUCUUUCUUUAUGAGAACAACUUGUUUAAUUGUCAUUCACAAUUUGUUCCGGAGUUUCUUUUUCUUUGAUAAUCCCCUGUGCAUACACUACUUUACUUUUCAAUGUCCACUCUAGAAUGAUGGGAAUCUUGUACUCAGUAUCACUCGUUGAGUGCCUAUUGUCAUUAUGGAAUAGGGAAUCUUCAAGUGAUUGAGGUGAAACUGGAUGGAUGUUAUUUUUCCACACACAACUUACCAGAACUGAAAACAAUAUUCAUUUAAAGGACAUUAUCUCUUUAUUUUGGGCCCUUUAUCUUAAUUGAUGUGAGACUGCAUGCGAGUUGUAAAAAUGCACAAACCUUGACCUGGUUUACGACUUCUGAAGGAAGAUGUAGUCAAGCGAUCAAGACAUGAGAAUUAAAAAUUUCCAACUUGAAUCCAGUUAUGAAUUGGAAGGAACAUUCUAAAGGUAAUCUUUGCUCAGAGAAGUAGUUGCAUCACUUGGACUAAUUAGAUUGAUCUAUUGUUCCGUAUGAUGAGUUUGUGGACUAUUCUAAAUUCGCCAGUUUGUUUGCUUUAUUUUUGAAAAUAAUAUUGACUUCUGCAGUAUGACAAAGUCAGUUUAUCUGAAGACGACCUGUGCUGGGUUUUUACUUGGCCUCUCUCUGCCUGUUGUCAUAUAUCUUUUCUACCAAAGCAGUGAGAAUGAGAGAUUUCUUCUUCCUCAACCCUCUGUAGUGGAAGGUACCACAUCCAGACAAUCUUCCGUAAAGAAGACUUCCUCAGCAGUGAUGCAGAAAGAUGAAUAUGAAGCCAGCAGCAUCCUUUCAAAAGGAGACGAUAAUUUGUUCAUGGCAGAGCAGGAGCGCAAGGUAUCCAUCAAGAAUCCGACAGAUGGACUCACAAGCUGUCAAAAAAACUCUGACAGGGCCACUGCCAGAAGGUUGAACUGUCGACAGAGACUGCCCAAUGUCAUAGGGCUUGGUGUGCAAAAGUGCGGAACAGGUGCCUUGGCAUUUUUCCUAGCAAGUCAUCCGAAUAUCGCUCACGCCAAACCAGCUGAGAUUCAUUUCUGGACAAGGUAUCCCGACCGAGGCCUUGGUUGGUAUAAAAAGCAGAUGCCCAUCUCCUCAAAGUACCAACUAACGAUGGAGAAAUCACCCAGCUAUUGGGGAGUGGAAGGCGUACCUCAGAUGAUGAAGCGCAAAAUGCCUCCAGAGACCAAGUUCAUUGUGGCCAUCCGUGACCCAGUGAUACGGGCGGUCUCCGGCUAUUUACAUGAGCUGCAAAAAUCACGCUUCAUUUCAAAGAAAAGAGCUAGAGCAUCACGCUUCAUUGACCGGCCAAUCCAGCCAGGUAAACCGGUAAAAGUUCACGCAUUCCUGAAUGAUACUUUCGAAUCUACAGUCAUACGACCUGACGGUAAGCUCAUGUACUACAACUCCAUCAUCGACAGAGGUAUCUACGUCAAGCGCUUCCGUGACUGGCUGAGCGUAUUUCCCCGCGAUCACUUCCUUGUCGUGGACGGCAGCGAGUUGACGGCGAAUCCUUUGUCAGUUCUCCAAGAGGUUGAGGAGUUUCUCGAGCUUCCGAAGUAUUUUGAUGAAUCGAAGGUUUAUUUCAACGCAUCCAAGGGGUUUUAUUGUCUACGUGAUGAGAAGAAGGAAUGCAUGGGGCAGGGGAAAGGAAGGACGCAUCCCAAGAUGAGUGCUGAACUAGAGCAAAGGUUGAGAGAGUUUUAUCACCCGUAUAAUCUUGAGAUGGAAAAACUGGUGGGAAGAAAAUUUUCAUGGGCAUGACAAACACCGAGGACAAUCAUAAACACCCCCCUCUCUCCUCUCACUUUCCCUUCUUACUCUCCCUCUACCUCCCCUCUCGAUCCUCUCUUGACCCUCCCCUCUCGAUCCCCCUCUCCUACCUGCACCCUUCAUUGCCUAUCUCCCCCCUCCCUCCCUGAGACUUCUUGUAUUCAUGCACAAGUAUUAAAUGAUUUCUAUGCUGCACCUGUUAGAUGCAGAGCCAUGCAAUAUAGAAGACCAACGUUUGUUUUUUGAAGCAUUUAUGUUGACGAUGAAAUUUGUUUACUUUAAGAUUUGCAAUAAAUAUAAGUCUACAAGUACCAUCUUUACAUGAAAUUAUCGAAGUGCUGUGCCAAUAUGAACAAAAGUAAUUAUUUUUAUCAUCACAGCUAUACAAUUUCAAGCAUUUGAUUUUACAUAAAAUAGAAUACAAAAUAAAUGAGUUUGUGACAUAUUUGGCUCAUUUACAUAAAGGACCAUGAUGUGGAUGUAUAAAAUUUAUUUUGCGAAAAUAGACAAAUUUUGCAAAUGUCAUAAUCUUUCUCAAGUUAAUAUGUUUAUAAUUCAGUGAUAUGUCUGAACAUUUAUAACUAGGAGUACUUUUGAAUUAAUAUUUUGAGGAAGAUGAUUAAAAGUCUAUGAUUUCUUGGUAUAACCCUAUUUUUUGCUAUUUUCAUGUAAACCAAUGAUGUAAUGUUGGAUUGUGCAAUGUUACUGAAGACAAGUGAUUUUCUUAUUGUCCAUCUGUUUUAAUGAUAUUCUUUUAUGUGUGUUAUGAUUGUUUGAUUUUCAGCAUACUUGAACAUCUAAGGUCUGGUAUCUAUUUAGAUACUAAAUCAAUGGCAAACUUUAAUAUAAAGGAAAUGCAGAAACAGUUCUUGUGUUGUUUCAUAGUGAUACAUAGUGAUAUGUGAUUUGAAAAACAAAGUUUGAAAGAUUUUAAGAUUUGUGUUGGCAUUCUAUAUACUAUUUGUCAUAGAUGGAAUAUAUUAUUUUCAAAUUAACCCUGAAAAGAUUCUGUUUGACACUGAGAAAGUAAGCUUCCUUAUGAAAGAAAUAUAAACAAGUGGAAUGCCUCUGGCCGUCUCACCUGCAUCA